UGGAGGCAGGGGACUGCCAGUGCCGGACGCAGGUCCUCGCCGGACUGUCCUCCCGGAUCUCUCGUCGGCCCAGGCAAGGCUGUUCCCAGACUGCGGUGUUUCCGAUUCGGGCUCCCGGGGAUGAAUCAUCCCCCUUUCCCGCUGCCUGGCCUCUUUUCCAGCCUCCUCCGCCCGAGGCCUCCGUGGGCCGCGUCCGGGCCGGAGCAGCACCGCCCCGGGGUCGAGGCCGCACGCUGGAGCCGCUCCAGGAGGCCGCUCGCCGUGGCCGGGGCACCGGGAGGCCGCGGGCAGCGGAGAUGGGGCGUCCGCUCUCGGCCGGAGGCGGCCCCGGGGUCCCGAAGAGAAGCGGCCUAGCCCGGGCCUAGCACGGAUCGACCCCCGCCUGGGGCCCCGCAGGCCGAGCCCCGACCCCCGCGAACCCCCAGGCGGCUCCAGAAAGGGCGCGGGGUGGCUGAGCCCCGCCCAGGACCCCGCGAUCCGCCUCCGCCCGCGCCCUCGACGGAGAGGCGCCCGGGCCGGCCCCGCCGACGGCCCCGAUCGCUCCGCCGGGCGGGCGGCCAGUUUCCAUGAUGCGGACUCGGCCCGGGAGCCCCCGCCUGGGAUUGAUUAGCCGGCAGCCCACGCUAAUGAGAGCCGGCUGCGCGCCGCCCGCGCCCCUCUGCCCCCCGAGACCGGCAUCCCCCGGCCGCAGAGCCUCCCAAGGCGAUCUGGAGAAGGCGCCCUCCCUCUGCUCUCUGGGGCUAGCUCCGGAAGCAUCUGGCUGUGCUGACCCCAGCUUCGUACUCACUCGCUGGGCCUCUGCGUGACUCCCCUGCCUCCCCGGUCCUUCUGUCCUCCCGGGGUGUCCCCCGACCUGGGUCACAAGCUCAGCUUCACUCUCAGCUGCCUGGGCGUUCUGAUAAGUCCCUGAACCUCCACGGGCGAGGGCUCCACUAACUACCAGAGUACACCUCGGUCAGGCUCCGAACUCUCCGCUGCAGUCCUAGGCUAGCUCUGCCCAUUCCCCACCCCCUUCAUCUAGAAGCAGUCAGCCUGGCUAUCCCCCCCCCCACCCCGCCCCCGUAGCCACUGUCCUCUCCAGGCCACUCCAUCUCUCAGAGUCCCAGUGGUCUGGCCACUGCCUGCCCCUGCUAACUGGUUUGCACCGAGCAUCCUUCCACUCUGAAUCUGACCUUGCUGAAAUCCCUCUGUGGCUUCCCGGUGCUGUCCAAAUGGUUUCAGAGCCCUUCUUGUUUGGGCAUGCCUCUGCCCCUCUCCCCUGGCCCGGGUGGCUGCAUCUUUCUAGGUUCCCAGCCCCUCCGAGCUCUGGCCCCAAGGCUCAGGCAGUUCCUGGCCUUUCUGUCAGGAACACCGAUCCCCCUUUCUACCCCACACUCCCCCAGAGCUCUGGGCCUUGCUCCAGCCCCUGGCCCGCUCUUCCCUCCUCGGCCCUCUCUCUGCACACAGAUGCCUUUCCUUCUGGACGGGGAGGAGCCUGGAUGGAUGAGGUGGAAGCUGGAAAUACAAGGCCAUCACCCUGAAGCCAUCCUGGGGGAAGAGGGGCAGAUGCUGGCGGGCCAAAGAAGAAUGAAGUCAUCGAAAGUUCCACAGUCAACUCGGAUGGUAGGUUCAUGGCUCACCCCCAUGCCACCCCACCCAUCCCCCCGAGCUACCGAAGCCUGCACAGUGGGCAACUGCCAAGCUCUGGCGAUUAACGUCUGGGAGGGGAGAAUGGUCCAGCUUCUGCCAGAUCUGAUUUCCCUCUCACCCUUGGGGUGGUUUGUGGUUCCCACCCACCAGCAGUUCACAAUCAGGUCCGCAGUCCUGGUUCAUAACCGGGGCCAGGUGCAGUGCACGCCACACGGUGGUUGUGAUUAGUGUUUCUUUAGGAACAGCUCAGGGUUCUUUUUGUUUUGUUUUUCA